AUGAACGCCAGGUAUCUGCUCCGUCGCAUUCCCCAGGUCAAUCGACCUGGGAGUAUAACCUUCAGGCGAAUCAGCAACUAUGCAGGCAAAGCAUUCACUCUCAACACCGGCGCCAAAAUCCCCGCAAUCGGAUGCGGAACGUUUCAGGACGAGGAGCGGCAGGAGGGUGCAGUGUCCGAGGCUCUAAAAGUUGGUGUUAGACUUAUUGAUACAGCGAGAGUCUACGACACCGAACAAUUCAUCGGCAACGCAAUAAAGAAAAGUGGUAUCCCCCGCUCUGAAAUCUUCGUCACCACAAAGCUCUGGUGUAAUUCGUUUCACCCGGAUGAUGUUGAAAUUGCGCUGGAUGAUUCCCUUCGAGAUCUUCAAACCGGCUAUGUGGAUUUAUUUCUCCUGCAUUACCCGUGCACGUUUGCGCGUGGCGAAGACCGAUUCCCAAAAGGUGAGGAUGGGUUGAUGAUUAUGGGAGAAACUAGCUAUGUCGAUACGUGGAGGGCGCUGCAGGAGAUUAUGAAGAGGACAGGAAAAGUCAAGGCAAUUGGAGUUUCGAACUUUUCCCAGGACGAGGUUGAGAAUCUUAUCAAGGCUGGGAUGGCCCCAGCAGUCCACCAAAUGGAAGUCCACCCCUUCCUCAGCCAAAAGGCCUUCACACAGUGGCACAUAACCCAAGGAAUCCAUGUACAACAAUUCAGCCCCCUGGGCAACCAGAACUCCUUCUACCGCGAUAUCGAUUGGAGCAAUGGGCAAGCCAACCGCGGUCGUCUCCUUGGCGAGCCUGUGCUCGCUGAAAUCGGGAACAAGUACUCCAAAAGCCCGGCGCAGGUGGCGCUGGCAUGGGGUGUGAAUCAUGGACGGUCUGUGAUUCCUAAGAGUACUAUCCCCUGGCAGAUUAAGCAGAAUAUUGCGAGCGAUUUUGCCUUGGAGGUGGAGGAUAUGGUGAAGAUUGACGCUCUUAAUGCUAAUUUACGGUUUAAUACGCCUGGUGGGCCGUAUCGAUGGCCUUUGUAUAAGGGGCUUGAUGGGGUUUAG